AUGACGUACGGUGAAGUUUUUGAAUCAUCAGCGACAUUCAAGCCUUCGCGGAAAGAGAGUUGGGAGCACAAGCUUGCAGACAGGUCGUCGCUGCCGCCAGCCCCCGGGGAGGAGAAGGGCAAAUCUCAGUCCAAACAUGUGUUCACACAGCCUCAUCUCGCUAAGGCGGGCGCUAUGUGGUGGCGCGAAGAGACGGAAGGCUCGUCGGGCAGCUCGGCGCGCUCGCCCGCCUCGCCGCCCUACGUGCGCUGGGCGCGCGCGCUGCACUUCCUGCUCGAGGACGCGGAGGGCGUGCGGCUGUUCCGCAAGUUCGUGUGCGGCGCGGGCGGGCUGCACGUGGACCGGCUCAACUUCUACUUCGCGGUGCACGGCCUGCGCCAGGAGACCGAGCCGCCCAAGAUACGCCAGGUCGUCUCCGCUAUAUACAAAUUCCUGCGCAAGUCUCAGCUAACGAUGCCGGAAGCGCUGAAGACGCAGGUGAAGCAGGCGCUCAAAGACGGCGCCAGCAUCGAGAAGACCAUCUUCGAUGAGAUGGAACAGGAGGUGACGCGCGCCAUAACGGAGACGACGUACCAGGCGUUCCUGCGCUCGGAGGCGUACGUGUCCUACGUGAGCGCCGCCACGCAGCCGCUCUCCUCGCCCGACGCCUCGCCGCCGCACAGAGACGUGUCGGCGUGCGGGCAGCUGGCGACGCUGCACGAGGGGCAGGAGCUGGGCGGCGGCGGCGCGCGCCUCACGCACGACGCGCUGCUCGCCACGCAGUCGCGCCGCCUGCACGAGGACGUCGCGCCCAGGCGGUGCCACAAGCGGUCGGUGUACAGCGCGCACGUGUCGUACGCGGGCUACACGCCCACCUCGCGCCAGGACUCGGAGCGCGCCAGCCUCAGCAGCGGCCGCACGGACAGCGACGCCGUCUCGCUGUCCGGCAGUAGCGUAGAUGGGAUGUCCAUGCGCGGCGCCCGGGACAGCAGGGAGUCGCGGCACCGCCAGCGGCUGUACGGGCUCGACCGGCAGGCCGUCAUCAACAAGGAGCAGGACACCGCUAUGAUGAUCCCGCGCACGGCGCGCGGAGAAUGCGACGAGACAUCAAGUCAGGUGUUACCGCCGCAGCUGGUGGCGGCCGCCAUACGGGAGAAGCUGCAACCGGAUGACGACAACGACCAGGAUAUUUUAGACCAGCACGUGUCGCGCGUGUGGUCGGAGCGCACGCCGGGCGCGUCGCCGCCGGGCGGGCGCCGGCGCCGCCCCCCGCGCCGCGCGCCCUCCUGCCUCUCCGCCGACUCGGGCCACUGCGACGAGCCGCCCGCCGCCGCGCGCAGAUCGACGAGCAAGAAAGCGGCGACGGAGCUGACGGACAGCGGCGUGUCGGUGGUGAGCGAGGGCACGGCGAGCGGGCUGAGCGCCGCGAGCGAGCCGCGCAUCCUGCUGUGGAUCGCGGAGGGCGAGCGCCUCGACCGCCGCGCCUCCUCCGCCGACCGCCGCGACCGCCGCCCCGCACGCAGCGGCGGCGGCGGCGGCGGGGGCGGGGGCGGCGGCAGCAAGUCGAGCAGCACGAGCGGCGGCACGGCGGCGGAGGCGCACACGGUGGUGGUGGCGCACUUCCUGGACGAGAGCGUGCCCUACCGCUUCAAGGUGCCCGCCAGCCCGCUCACGCUGCGCACCUUCAAGGAGUACCUGCCCAGGAAGGGGAACUACCGAUAUUUCUUCAAAACGGAAUGCGCUGAUCUAGACAACACGGUCAUACAGGAGGAGGUGAGCAGCGACAGCGACACGCUGCCCAUGUUCGAGGGGAAGGUCAUGGCUAGGGUCAAGAGCAUUGACUGAACUGUCGUAUUACAACCUUCAAUGUAUGGAGAAAAAAAAGAAGAAAAGAGAAAUUAUACCUUGAAGAAACUUUUAGGGUUAGGUUUAGUGGUCACAGAUACAAACGUAUCUAGGUCUCGUCGUAAAAUACACACUGCUUCGAGUGUCGUGAUAAUUAACGAACCUUGUUCAAAUAUGUACUAAAUGAUUGUACACAAACUUUAAUAAGACAUCUGUGUCUGCAGCAAGAUAUCAUAAUUGUUUUUAUUAAAGAAAUAAGUGAUAAAAGAUUAACCACACGUACAUAUACAAUACUAAAAAUAAAAUUUGGUGUAUUAAAAAGGAAUGAGAAUUAUAAAUGAACUAAAAAGUAUUUAUUACAAAAAAAAAAAGUGACAAAAAUUAAUUUAUAACAUAAAAUAACUCGACGACUGUUCGUUUGUACAAAUCUGUACGUGGGCAUGACUUAACGAAGAUUAUUUUGAAUAAUUUUAAUUUUAUUUUCUAUAAUGCAACGAAUAAAAAUAACUUAUAAUAUCUUGUCGAUCCCAAUAAGAAAAUUGGUACUAACAUUUACUGCCCUAAGAAAACUACUUGCUAAUAAUGCUUUUUUCCUUUUCAUUUACUUGUUGGGGAAGUCAAAAUAUUUCGAUUCGUUUUGAUCAAUAUAAAAGAACCAGUGACAAAAACCAUAGACAAUGCUAUAGCAGAUAUGCAACUAGACAGUGAAUAUAGAUUAAAUAAAUUAUCUGUUAUUUAAUAGUUACAGAUAAAAAAAUAUGACAAUGUACAUAAUACUGUCCUGUAUUGUAUAGAUGUAAGUAGUUAAUACUGCCAGUGCUAAUUGUGGCCAGAGUCAUGUAAGUAAAUAUAUGUGAGUGUCGUUUUGUCUGUUAUUGCGUGGUUCCGUGUUGUUUCUUAUCGGGCUGAAUACAAAAAAAAUACCAUGUGUUCGAUGGAUGUCCUGUCAAAAUGACAUUUCACGCAUCGGUCCGCCAUUUUCUCUCGUAUCUUCACUUUUCUUUUUAUUAUACACUGGAGUUAUUCUUAAAAUGUAUGUACGUGUAUGUAUGUUCAAGCUCAGAUUGGAAUAUCCGUGAGAGAUAACUGGAAUAUUGACGCGUUUCUAUUUUAACGACAAAUCAGAGAAAA